AUGGGGAAGUACAAAGACAAUCCAAAAUGGAUUCUCAGCUGGAUCAUACUCGUUGUUGGAAUAAACUCCUCUCAAUCAGCAAAUGGACCAGUCAACGUUCCACCACUGAAAAGGACCAUCUCUGGACUGAGUCCGGCUCAUAAUGAACGAGUCUGCAGCACCUGGGGCAAUUUCAACUUCAAAACCUACGAUGGAGACUUCUUCCAGCUCCAGUCUACGUGUAACUACAUCCUGACGUCACAAUGCUCCAGCAGCUACGAGGACUUCAACGUUCAGCUGAGGCGGCAGGUCGUCGAUGGUGAACCCCAGAUCAGCAAAAUUACCAUGAAGCUGGAAGGCACAGUGGUGGAACUUUCCCAAGGCUCCGUCAGUGUGGAUGGACAUGAGGUGACUCUGCCUUACAGCCACUCUGGUGUCCUUAUUGAGGAAAACCCCACCUACAUCAAAGUCACCGCCAAGCUGGGACUCGUGGCCAUGUGGAAUGGAAAUGAUGCUUUCAUGGUGGAGUUGGACAACAAGUACAAGAAUCAGACUUGUGGACUUUGUGGUGACUUUAAUGGAGUUCAGCUUUACAACGAGUUCAUCAAAAAUGGGGUUGAGAUUUCACCAUCAGACUUCAGCCAGUUUGCGAAGAUGGACGAUCCGACUGAGAGCUGCAGUGAAUCACCACCUCCAUCAGAUGACACCUGCAUGAAACUUACGUCAGCAUGUGAGCAGCUCCUCUCAGGUCCAGCUUUCAGUGACUGUAAAAACCUCGUCUCCCUCGACUACUUUAUCAAAGCCUGCGAGUCGGACAUGUGCCAGUGCAGCGGCAAUUCCAGCAACUUCUGCCUGUGCAGCACCAUCUCGGAAUAUUCACGCCAGUGUGUGCACGCCGGAGGAAAGCCGGGCCAGUGGAGGACAGAGCAGUUCUGCCCCCAAACAUGCCCUUAUCCCAACAUGCUGUAUCAGGAGUGUGGGAACCCGUGCAUUAACACCUGCUCAAAUCCUGACCGAGGACAGGUGUGUGAAGAACACUGCAUCGAUGGCUGUUUCUGUCUUCCAGGUCUGGUUCUGGAUGAUCUGACGGGUCGAGGAUGCAUCACACAGGAUCAGUGUUCCUGCGUUCACAACGGAAAAAUCUAUCACACUGGACAGAACAUCACCAGCAACUGUAAAGAAUGCACCUGUACCUCAAACCAGUGGAGCUGCAUAGAGAAAGACUGCCCCGGUACAUGCUCUGUAGAAGGUGGAUCUCACAUCACCACGUUUGAUGGAAAAACAUACGACUUCCACGGCGACUGUACAUACAUUCUGGCUGAGGUCAGUGCGAUUUCAUAUUUGAGCAAUGUCUACUUUAUAUUCUUUACAUCCAUGUGUUCUUUAACUCAAUCUUAUCCCAGUUUAGUCAUUUCAUUACCCUGGUCUCCCCACUUGCACACCAGCUACCAGUUUGGGAUACAAACCAGCGGUGCUGAGUUUGUGGUUGUAGGAGAUCUGAUACGUUGUGGUUUGACGACCACUGAAACAUGUCUGAAGGCCGUAACCCUGGCUCUGUCUGCCGGAAGCACUGUGUUUAACAUCCAGCCUGACGGAAAGGUCUUUCUCAACCGAAUCUACUCUCAGCUUCCUCUCUCUACAGCCGGUGUGAAUAUUUUCCGCCCCACCACGUUUUACAUCAUCGUCCAGACGUCCUUUGGGCUUCAGAUGGAGAUCCAACUGGUACCCAUCAUGCAGGUUUACAUAACCCUGGACGUGACUCACAAGCAAAACAUACUGGGUCUGUGUGGAAACUUUAACGGCAUCCAAAGCGAUGAUUUCACGACCAUGAGUGGAUCGCGUGAAGGAACCGGUGUUGGUUUUGCAAACAGCUGGGGGACCAGAGCUAACUGUCCUGAAGUGAAGAACACCUUUGAGAACCCCUGCAGUCUCAGCGUGGAAAAUGAAAAGUACGCUCAGAAGUGGUGCUCCCUGCUGUCAGACCCUAAUGGUGUUUUCGCACCGUGUCACUCUGAGAUCAGCCCAGAUAUCUACCAGAAGAACUGCAUGUAUGACACCUGCAACUGUGAGAACAGUGAGAACUGCAUGUGUGCAGCACUCUCGUCUUACGUCCACGCCUGCGCCGCUAAAGGAGUCCUUCUCCCCAGAUGGAGGAGUGAAGUGUGCAUGAAAUAUGCCACCAGCUGCCCAAACACCAUGGUUUAUACCUACGACGUCUGGAGUAGCAUGCAGUCUUGUCGCUGUCACAGCGAUCCAGAUUUCACCUGCGGCGUGACCUUUGACCCGGUGGAUGGGUGCGUUUGUGCUGAAGGAAUGUAUCUCAAUGAGAACGGCCAAUGUGUGUCUCUGGAUAAAUGUUCCUGCUACCACAAAGGGUCUGUGAUUCCUCCUGGAGAGGUCAUCAGCAAGGACGGUGGCAUGUGCACCUGUAAGAACGGCAAACUCAGCUGCAUCGGCUCUACCACCAGCGCGCCAUCUUGUUCCUCACCAAUGGUCUUCUUCAACUGCUCGGAUGCUGCUCCAGGAUCCGCAGGUUCUGAGUGUCAAAAGAGCUGCAACACACUGGACAUGACCUGUAUCAGCACAGAGUGUGUCCCAGGCUGUGUGUGUCCUGCGGGACUUGUGUCUGAUGGGAAAGGUGGCUGCAUUGAAGCAGAUCUUUGUCCUUGUGUUCAUAACAGCAAAACUUACCAGCCGGGAGAAUCCAUCAACAUCGACUGCAAUACCUGCACAUGUAAAGACAGGAAAUGGCAGUGCAGCACAGAUUUGUGCCACGGGACCUGUACAGUGUAUGGCGACGGACAUUACAUCACAUUCGAUGGAAAAAGAUACACUUUUGAUGGAGACUGCGAAUACACUCUUGUCAGAGAUAACUGUGGCCACAGCAAUACCAGCGGCACUUUCAGAGUCAUCACAGAAAACAUUCCCUGUGGAACAACCGGCGCCACCUGCUCCAAAGCCAUCAAAAUCUUUCUGGGGGAAAAUGAGCUCUUACUAACAGACGGAGGCUAUGAAGUUAUUCAGAGAGAUGCAGGAGAUGAAAUUCCCUACCAAAUCAGCAUUAAGGGCAUUUACAUGGUCAUUGAAGCUAAUAAUGGGCUCAUUCUAAUGUGGGACCAGAAGACAAGUAUAUUCAUCAAGCUUAGUCCUAAUUUCAAGGGUGAGGUCUGUGGUCUUUGUGGAAAUUAUGACAGCAACACAAACAAUGACUUUACUUUGAGAAACCAAGGUGUGGUAAACAACGCACUGGAUUUUGGAAACAGCUGGAAGGAGUCGUCCAGCUGCCCUGACGCUAUUCAGAUCAAAAAUCCAUGUAUCUUUAACCCCUAUCGACAGGCCUGGGCUCAGAAACAAUGCAGCAUCAUCAUGAAUCAAGUGUUUGUGACCUGUCACACACAUGUUGACCCUGAACCGUAUUAUUCUGCAUGUGUACGGGAUGCAUGUGCUUGUGAUACUGGAGGAGACUGUGAGUGUUUCUGUACUGCUGUAGCAGCUUACGCUGAAGCCUGUAAUGAGGCUGGAGUGUGUGUUGCUUGGAGGACACCAAAAAUCUGCCCACUGUUCUGUGAUUUCUACAACCCUCCUAAUGAGUGUGAGUGGCACUACAAACCUUGUGGAGUGCCCUGUAUGAAGACUUGCAGGAACCCUGAAGGAAAGUGUUCCAGUCAGAUACCACCACUGGAAGGCUGUUAUCCAAAAUGUCCUGCUGAUCAGCCAUACUUUGACGAGGACACAAUGAAAUGUGUGAAGAAGGAAAGCUGCGGUUGCUAUCACAACGCAAAACACUACAGCAACGGAGAUGAGGUCCCGAGCACAGAAAACUGUCAGAAAUGCACACCAUCAACAAUCAUAAAACCAACAACUAGAACACCAACAACACCUACAACUACAACACCUACAACUACACCAACAACCACGGCAACUACAACACCUACACCAACCACAACAACUACAACACCAACAACAUCUACAACUACAACACCUACAACUACAACACCAACUACACCACCAACAACACCAACAACUACUCCAACAACAACAACUACAACACCAACAACUACUCCAACAACAACAACUACAACACCGACAACAACUACAACCACAAUGCCCCCUACAACAACUACAACACCAACUACAACACCAACAACAACACCUACAACUACAACACCAACAACACCUACAACUACAACACCAACAACUACGCCAACAACCACGGCAACUACAACACCUACACCAACCACAACAACUACAACACCAACAACUACAACACCAACAACAACACCUACAACUACAACACCAACAACUACUCCAACAACACCAACAACACCUUCAACUACAACACCUACAACUACAACAAACACCAACAACUACGCCAUCAACAACAGCUACAACACCUACAACGACAACACCAACAACUACGCCAACAACAACAACAACUUCAACAAGUACUCCAACCACAACAACUACAACGCCACCAAGAACAACUACAACCACAACGCCCCCUACAACAUCCCCAACCAAAACAAAACCUACAAUACCAGAAUGGUGUCCAUAUACCAGUACUACAACCAUCAGCACACCAUCAACAACAAUAACAACAACACCAACAACUACACCAACAACUACAACCACAUCUCCUACAACAACCCCAACCACGACAAAGCCUUCAAUACCAGAAUGGUGUCCAUAUACCAGUACUACAACCAUCAGCACACCAUCAACAACAAUAACAACAACACCAACAACUACACCAACAACUACAACCACAUCUCCUACAACAACCCCAACCACGACAAAGCCUUCAAUACCAGAAUGGUGUCCACAUACCAGUACUACAACCAUCAGCAUAUCAUCAACAACAAUAACAACAACACCAACAACUACACCAACAACUACAACCACAACUACAACCACAUCUCCUACAACAACCCCAACCACGACAAAGCCUUCAAGUCCAUCCACAACUCCUUUACCAGAAUGGUGUCCACAUACCAGUACUACAACCAUCAGCACAUCAUCCACAACAAUAACAACAACACCAACAACUACACCAACAACUACAACCACAACUACAACCACAUCUCCUACAACAACCCCAACCACGACAAAGCCUUCAAGUCCAUCCACAACUCCUUUACCAGAAUGGUGUCCACAUACCAGUACUACAACCAUCACCACUCCAUCAACAACAAUAACAACAACACCAACAACUACACCAACAACUACAACCACAACUACAACCACAUCUCCUACAACAACCCCAACCACGACAAAGCCUUCAAGAUACAUGACACGUAUCGUAAUAUCUGUUCCACCCCAAAAAAAGUGGAAUGCAGAGCAAUACUCUACCCUGGCCUUUCCCUCUCACAGUUGGGUCAGGUAGUGACAUGUAAUGUCCAAGAUGGACUAAUUUGUCUUAAUGAAAAUCAAGGUGUUCAACAGCAGUGUUUUGACUAUGAAAUUAAAGUGUAUUGUUGUGAAGUACCAGAAUGGUGUCCACAUACCAGUACUACAACCAUCACCACUCCAUCAACAACAAUAACAACAACACCAACAACUACACCAACAACUACAACCACAACUACAACCACAUCUCCUACAACAACCCCAACCACGACAAAGCCUUCAAGUCCGUCCACAACUCCUUGUCCGCUUGAGUGCUCUUGGUCUGACUGGAUGGAUUUUGGCCCUCCUACAUCUGGUCCUAAUGGUGGUGAAAUUGUACCAAUACAAAGGAUACAUGACACGUAUCGUAAUAUCUGUUCCACCCCAAAAAAAGUGGAAUGCAGAGCAAUACUCUACCCUGGCCUUUCCCUCUCACAGUUGGGUCAGGUAGUGACAUGUAAUUUCCAAGAUGGACUAAUUUGUCUUAAUGAAAAUCAAGGUGUUCAACAGCAGUGUUUUGACUAUGAAAUUAAAGUGUAUUGUUGUGAAGUACCAGAAUGGUGUCCACAUACCAGUACUACAACCAUCACCACUCCAUCAACAACAAUAACAACAACACCAACAACUACACCAACAACUACAACCACAACUACAACCACAUCUCCUACAACAACCCCAACCACGACAAAGCCUUCAAGUCCGUCCACAACUCCUUGUCCGCUUGAGUGCUCUUGGUCUGACUGGAUGGAUUUUGGCCCUCCUACAUCUGGUCCUAAUGGUGGUGAAAUUGUACCAAUACAAAGGAUACAUGACACGUAUCGUAAUAUCUGUUCCACCCCAACAAAAGUGGAAUGCAGAGCAAUACUCUACCCUGGCCUUUCCCUCUCACAGUUGGGUCAGGUAGUGACAUGUAAUGUCCAAGAUGGACUAAUUUGUCUUAAUGAAAAUCAAGGUGUUCAACAGCAGUGUUUUGACUAUGAAAUUAAAGUGUAUUGUUGUGAAGUACCAGAAUGGUGUCCACAUACCAGUACUACAACCAUCACCACUCCAUCAACAACAAUAACAACAACACCAACAACUACACCAACAACUACAACCACAACUACAACCACAUCUCCUACAACAACCCCAACCACGACAAAGCCUUCAAGUCCAUCCACAACUCCUUGUCCGCUUGAGUGCUCUUGGUCUGACUGGAUGGAUUUUGGCCCUCCUACAUCUGGUCCUAAUGGUGGUGAAAUUGUACCAAUACAAAGGAUACAUGACACGUAUCGUAAUAUCUGUUCCACCCCAACAAAAGUGGAAUGCAGAGCAAAACUCUACCCUGGACUUUCCCUCUCACAGUUGGGUCAGGUAGUGACAUGUAAUGUCCAAGAUGGACUAAUUUGUCUCAAUGAAAAUCAAGGUGUUCAACAGCAGUGUUUUGACUAUGAAAUUAAAGUGUAUUGUUGUGAAGUACCAGAAUGGUGUCCACAUACCAGUACUACAACCAUCAGCACACCAUCAACAACAAUAACAACAACACCAAGACCAACAAUUACAACCACAUCUCCUACAACAACCCCAACCACGACAAAGCCUUCAAGUCCCUCCACAACUCCUUGUCCGCUUGAGUGCUCUUGGUCUGACUGGAUGGAUUUUGGCCCUCCUACAUCUGGUCCUAAUGGUGGUGAAAUUGUACCAAUACAAAGGAUACAUGACACGUAUCGUAAUAUCUGUUCCACCCCAACAAAAGUGGAAUGCAGAGCAAUACUCUACCCUGGACUUUCCCUCUCACAGUUGGGUCAGGUAGUGACAUGUAAUGUCCAAGAUGGACUAAUUUGUCUUAAUGAAAAUCAAGGUGUUCAACAGCAGUGUUUUGACUAUGAAAUUAAAGUGUAUUGUUGUGAAGUACCAGAAUGGUGUCCAUAUACCAGUACUACAACCAUCAGCACACCAUCAACAACAAUAACAACAACACCAACAACUACACCAACAACUACAACCACAUCUCCUACAACAACCCCAACCACGACAAAGCCUUCAAGUCCGUCCACAACUCCUUGUCCGCUUGAGUGCUCUUGGUCUGACUGGAUGGAUUUUGGCCCUCCUACAUCUGGUCCUAAUGGUGGUGAAAUUGUACCAAUACAAAGGAUACAUGACACGUAUCGUAAUAUCUGUUCCACCCCAACAAAAGUGGAAUGCAGAGCAAUACUCUACCCUGGACUUUCCCUCUCACAGUUGGGUCAGGUAGUGACAUGUAAUGUCCAAGAUGGACUAAUUUGUCUUAAUGAAAAUCAAGGUGUUCAACAGCAGUGUUUUGACUAUGAAAUUAAAGUGUAUUGUUGUGAAGUACCAGAAUGGUGUCCAUAUACCAGUACUACAACCAUCAGCAUAUCAUCAACAACAAUAACAACAACACCAACAACAACACCAACAACUACACCAACAACUACAACCACAUCUCCUACAACAACCCCAACCACGACAAAGCCUUCAAGUCCGUCCACAACUCCUUGUCCGCUUGAGUGCUCUUGGUCUGACUGGAUGGAUUUUGGCCCUCCUACAUCUGGUCCUAAUGGUGGUGAAAUUGUACCAAUACAACGGAUACAUGACACGUAUCGUAAUAUCUGUUCCACCCCAACAAAAGUGGAAUGCAGAGCAAAACUACACCCAGAGCGUCCCCUCUCAGAGUUGGGUCAGGUAGUGACAUGUAAUGCCCAAGAUGGACUAAUUUGUCUCAAUGAAAACCAAGGUGUUCAACAGCAGUGUUUAGACUAUGAAAUUAAAGUGUAUUGUUGUGGAGUACCAGAAUGGUGUCAUACCAGUCCUACAACCAUCAGCACACCAUCAACAACAAUAACAACAACACCAAGACCAACAAUUACAACCACAUCUCCUACAACAACCCCAACCACGACAAAGCCUUCAAGUCCGUCCACAACUCCUUGUCCGCUUGAGUGCUCUUGGUCUGACUGGAUGGAUUUUGGCCCUCCUACAUCUGGUCCUAAUGGUGGUGAAAUUGUACCAAUACAAAGGAUACAUGACACGUAUCGUAAUAUCUGUUCCACCCCAACAAAAGUGGAAUGCAGAGCAAAACUACACCCAGAGCGUCCCCUCUCAGAGUUGGGUCAGGUAGUGACAUGUAAUGCCCAAGAUGGACUAAUUUGUCUCAAUGAAAACCAAGGUCUUCAACAGCAGUGUUUAGACUAUGAAAUUAAAGUGUAUUGUUGUGGAGUACCAGAAUGGUGUCAUACCAGUCCUACAACCAUCAGCACACCAUCAACAACAACAACUACUACAACAUCAACACCCAGUACAAAAUCCACAACCAGGACAAAUACUAGCCCUACAGCCACCACCACACCAGUGACAAAAACUACUUUUAAAGUCUUAACUGGAUCUACAUCAAAACAUGCCACAGGCUAUCAAUGUGUCUGCAAAAUUAAUGGAACUAUAUUCUAUCCAGGUUCCCACAUUUACAAUGUGAGUGAUCUUGAUGGAUGGUGUUAUGUUGCAACUUGCAAGAAGAUGGAUCACAAUGUCUGUGAGGUUCAUAAUUAUUCAUAUGCCUGUGGUUCAACUACACACGCACCAACCACUAACCCUCACAAACCCUGUGACAAACCACCUCUAAAGGAUGGAGAAACUAUACCAGAUGGAAAAUGUGCCACUCUUACAUGUAACAAUGGAGUAGUUACACGUAAGCAUGUGAAAUGUGAGGAUGCACCUGUGCCUGUAUGUGUUAACCAAUAUCCAGCAAAACUAGUCAAAGAUGAUUCUGGGUGUUGUUCCAAAUAUGAAUGCCAGUGUAUAUGUAGUGGCUUUGGAGAUCCACAUUACAUCACUUUUGAUGGAAAGUACUACCCAUUUCAAGGAAACUGCUCCUAUGUCCUUGUCAAAGAGAUAAAUCCAAAAUACAACUUUAGUGUCAUUAUCGACAAUGUCUUCUGCGACUCUGAAGAUGGUCUCUCCUGUCCUAAAUCACUGACUGUGCACUACAAAUCAUUUGAAAUAUUCAUGACACAAGAAAUUUCUAAUGGAAAUGUCAUCAAUCUGGUUAAAAUCAACAACAACCUGGUCACACUACCCUAUCAGAAUAAGGACUUCCGAAUUUCAGACAAUGGAAUUGAAUCACUCUUGGUGAUACCAGCAAUCGAGGCACAGGUCACCUUCACUGGCAUGAUGUUUUUCAUCAACCUCCCAUGGCAGAUGUUCCAUGGAAACACUGAAGGACAAUGUGGAACAUGUGAUAAUAACCGUACAGAUGAUUGUCGCCUGCCAAAUGGCACCAUCAUAUCCUCCUGUGAAAAAAUGGCUCAGUAUUGGAAUGUCAGUAAUAAUAACAGCAUCUGUCCAGCACCAAAGCCUAAACCAACACCAGUGCCAUGCACUAAAGCUCCAAUCUGUCAAAAUAUUAGCAUGAUGUUUAUGGACUGCCAUGAGGUUAUCCCCUACGAGUUCUACGAGGAGGCCUGCAUCUACGAUGUGUGCCACAUGAACAAUGAGAUCAUCGGUUGUUACAGUUUGCAGAUGUACGCUGAACAGUGUGCUCUAGCAGGAAUCUGCAUCGACUGGAGGCCAGCCACAAAUGGCGUGUGUGAGUUCAAAUGUGAAGAGCCCAAAGUCUACAAAGCUUGUGGACCUCAGAUUCCACCAACCUGUGAUUUAAGAUUUAACCUUAAAUUUAUAAGUACACCCAGUACAUUUAGUGCUAUGGAAACAAUGCUCUGGGAAGGCUGCUACUGUCCGGAUGAUUUGAUACAGCUGAGUCCAGAUAUAAAUGAGUGUGUUAACAAGAACUGUGGCUGCAGAACAUAUGACAAUCAGUUCAAAAAGCCCAAGGAGACCUGGAGAUCAGAUUGUCUGAUCUGCACGUGUGAAGAGAGUCUGACAGUGAGCUGUGUGAAUGUGACGUGCCCUACACCAGCGCCUGUUCACUGUGACGGACCUGGUCAGGUGGAGGUCAUACAGAUUACGGAUUGCUGCCAGAAUAGCAGUUGUGUAUGUGACAGCAGUCUUUGUCCCAUCGAAACUUGCCCUCUCGGAUUCAAGCCGGUCCAAAUACAAAUGAAUGGCUGUUGUCCAGUUUACAACUGUGUACCUGAACCUGUCUGCGUGUUCAAUAACACGGAGUAUAUGCCUGGUGAAACCUGGACUUCCCCUGUUGACAAGUGUGUGACUUAUAGCUGCGUGAAAAACGGGACUCGGUACAUUACAGUAAAGAACCAGAAAGUUUGUCCACCAUUCUUUGAAGAUGGCUGUGUUCCUGGAACAAUCGUCAUUGUUGACUGUUGCCCUAAAUGCACACUGAAGAAUAGGGCAUGCAGCCUCACCAAGAACUCCACUUACCUCGAGAGUAAUGGCUGCAGGACUGCGGAACCAGUGGAGCUGACGGCUUGUGAAGGAGCUUGUGUCACAUCUUCCAUCUACUCGAUGGCAGCCAACACGUUCGAGCAUUCGUGCUCCUGUUGUCAGGAAGUGUCCACCAGCAAGAAGGAAGCGGAAUUCCUUUGUCCAGAUGGAUCAAAAUUCACCAACAUGUACAUCUAUGUGAACAAGUGCAGCUGCUAUGAGAGAGAGUGCACGCUGAAGGAGACUUCUCCUGUCCAGAGGCGGCGUAGACGUCGGUGAUCAAGUGUACAACAACCUUCAUUUUCUCUAAUCAAUGUUAAUCUAUUUAUGACUCUAUUUACACGAAUCAACUAAAGAAUUGUGACAACUGUAAUUCCUUUCUGAUGCU